CUCGUAUCUGGGGUACCAAUCAUCUAUUCAUGCAAGUCCAUAUGGCUCUACGGCCCGAGACGUAGUCAUGUGCACAUAUCCUGCGUUUAGCUUGACAAUCGCGUCGGACAGAUCGAAACGGUGCAUAACAUUGACAUCAAAACGCAAUCUCUCCUCUUCUCUCAAAUAUUUUUCCAACUGCUUCCAUACUUUCACAUGACAGAACCCUCUACAGACCCGUGUUUCCGCCUCUCCUUUGGAGUAGGCGUCGCGGAGAACAAAAACUCCAAAUACCGCCCCACGAUGGAGGAUGUGCACACGUACGUGGCCAAUUUUGCCGAACGGCUUGAUUGGGGGUACUUUGCGGUGUUUGACGGCCAUGCGGGGAAACUGACGGCAAAGUGGUGCGGAAACAACUUGCACGCGAUUCUUGAAGAGGAAAUGGCGCAAAACGAGACCCAGGACCUCCGCGUGACGCUAAACAACACAUUUACCAAGGCAGAUGAGGCCUUGAAGGAGCAGCCCGGAAAUAGCGGCUGUACCGCUGCGGUGGCGGUACUCAGAUGGGAAUUGACAGAGCUGGAAGCCGAAAGUCCGGCUCUGGCGGACGCCCCGUUCGACUUUGUUCCCACAGCAAACCACCGCCGGGUCUUGUACACAGCCAACGUGGGGGACUCGCGGGUAGUGUUGUGCCGCUGGGGCAAAGCCUAUCGCUUGUCCUAUGACCACAAGGGCAGCGAUAUCAACGAAGCGGCGCGAAUCUCCAAUGCUGGCGGAAUCAUGAUCAAAUCGCGAGUCAACGGGAUGCUCGCGGUCACCCGUUCCUUGGGCGAUUCCUAUAUGAAGGACUUGGUUGUCGGAAAUCCUUUUGCAACCGCCACAGAAAUCACAAAGGACGAUAGCUUUGUGAUUAUUGCCUGUGAUGGUCUUUGGGACGUGUGCACUGACCAACAAGCCGUGGAGCUCAUCAAUAACGUGGAAGAUCCCGAUGCGGCGGCUCGAAAGUUGGUCAACCACGCCAUGAACAAGCUCACAACGGAUAACAUCACGGUCAUGGUGAUCAGGCUUGAUAAGCGGGUGUUUGAGUACAAAGGGAAGGCGGUGUAGGGGUGUCAUCCUCCUGUUGUCUGGUUUGAAAGUUUAACCGAGAUUUAACCGAGAUUUAACCGUCGCUUUGCGUAUCGGGAACCCUAUUUCGUUUGAGUCCAAUGGGACGGGUAUCCCUACUAGUAUAGGCUAUUGAGUAGUCUGUAUAACCCAGUAUUAAUCGAUUCGUUGGUUACUCCAAUG